AUGGAGACCCUUUGUCCGAAUUCGCUCGUCUCGAGCUCCGGCUGGCUGACGCGUCGCGGCUACGGCGCCGCCAUGUGGACUAAGGAAGAGAACAAGAAAUUCGAGAGCGCCUUAGCGAUUUUCGACGAGAAUACACCGAACCGGUGGUUCCACGUGGCGGCCAUGAUCCCCGGGAAGUCGGUUUAUGAUGUCAUGAAUCAGUACCGGGAGCUGGAGUCUGAUGUCAGCGAUAUCGAGGCCGGUUUGGUUCCGGUGCCCGGUUACUUGGUCUCCUCUUUCACGCUCGACUCUGGCGAAGAAGACGACCGGAGUUUCUUCAUAGACACGUAUCGGAAAAGGGCCCGGGCUCCCGAUCACGAACGGAAAAAGGGCGUCCCUUGGACCGAGGACGAACACAGGCGUUUUCUAUUGGGACUCAAGAAGCACGGGAAAGGGGAUUGGAGGAACAUCUCGAGGAAUUUCGUGAUCACGAAAACACCGACCCAAGUGGCGAGCCACGCGCAGAAGUACUACCUGAGACAGGUGUCGGGAGGGAAGGACAAGAGGCGGCCGAGCAUCCACGACAUCACGACUGUCGAUCUCAAACCCGACACGACCCAGAUGACCAAUUUUCGAAACAACGAGAAAUCGAACGAAAUCAACGGUGUAUCUUGCGCGCGGCCGAAUAUCAUUGACCCGAAGACGAUGUUCGACUGGAAUCACAAUGGCGCGGGCCGUUACGUGAUGAAUAUCGGCGCUUGUGCUCCAAGAAUUGGCUUCUAA